AUGUGGGGCUUUUCGCUGCCUCCCGAGGCAGGCUAUCCGGUGAACAGCGGCGAUGGACCCCGCUACCUGAUGAUGGAAACCCACUUUGACAAUCGGGGCAUGGUGCCGAACCUCGUUGACAAUUCGGGGCUGCGGUUCUACUACACGCCGAACCUGCGAGCCCACGACGCUGGCGUCAUGUCGCUGGGAAUGCACCCGAACUGGCGUCAUCUGAUUCCGCCUGGACAAUCCGCUGUUCUCUCGCAGGGCCAUUGCACUGCUCCUUGCACUUCUCAGAUCUAA